AGUCUGCGCAGCACGCCUGCAUCUGUGAUUCUCCCGAAGAAAGUGUCAAACCCAGAGAAACUCCUGCUGAAGCGACAGACGGUUAUAAAGAUGGCGUUUGUUAAAGAAGAGAGUGAAGACAUCAAGAUUGAAGAAACGUUCACAGUCAAACAUGAAGAGAUUGAAGAAGCUUUCAGAGUCAAACGUGAAGAUCCUGAAGAACAAACAGAUCCGAUUGUCCAAAAAGAGGAGAGUGAAGAGAGCACAAGUUCUGAUCAGCAAGUAGAGCUUGAAGUUCACACAAGCAUUCACAGCGGAGAGAAGCCGUACACCUGCUCUCAAUGCGGGAAGGGUUUUACGCACAACAAAUCUCUUGUUCUCCAUAGAAGGUUUCACACCGGAGAGAAGCUGUUCAACUGUGAUUAUUGUGGAAAGAGUUUCACUCAUCAAGGACACUUUAUAACCCACAUCAUGAUUCACACUGGGGAGAAACCUUUUGUGUGUGAACAGUGUGGGAAAUGUUUCAAUAAAGAAGGAAACCUUAAAGUGCACAUGAGAAUUCACACCGGAGAAAAACCCUUUGUCUGCAAACAGUGUGGAAAAUGCUUCAAUAAAGUAGCAAACCUUAAAGUCCACGCGAGGAUUCACACUGGAGAGAAGCCUUACAGCUGUCACCAAUGUGGGAAAAGUUUCAAUGAAAGAGCAACCCUUAAACACCACCUAUGGGUCCACAGUGGAGAGAAGCCUUACACUUGCUCUCAAUGCGAAAAGAGUUUUCGACGCAAUCGCUCUCUUUGUUCCCACAGAAGAACUCACAUCGGAGAGAAGCCUUUCAUCUGCCAACAGUGUGGAAAAUGCUUCAGUAAAAACAGAGCCCUUCAAGUCCACCUGCGGAUUCACACUAGAGAGAACUGUUACGAUUGCUCACAAUGCGGGAAGAGUUUUAGACGCCAUCAUUCUUAUUGUAUCCACACAAGAACUCACACUGGAGAGACGCCGUACACCUGCCAACAGUGCGGAAAACGUUGUCGUACCAAAGGAAGCUUAAAAGUCCACAUGAAGAUCCAUGAUAGAGAGUGAUAUACCUUAUACCUGUCCAAAGUAAGUGUGAAUAUAUCAAUACCGCAGGAUGCAGGUAUCCCUAUUGCGUGUACACUUUUUCCACCACAUCUUUUCCUUUCCUUUCCUUCGCCUUUCUAUUAAUGUGCUUGGACUCAGAGCCCUGUGAACAGCCAGCCUCUUUUGCAAUGACCUUUUGUAGCUUGGUCUCCUUGUGCAAGGUGUCAAUAGCUAUGUUUCCGUCCAAAAAGCGGUGUCAUUUGAAGGUGGGAGACACGGAGCACAGAUGGACUCCGGAUUCACACUAGAGAGAACUGUUACGCUUGCUCACAAUGCGGGAAGAGUUUUAGACACCAUCAUUCUUAUUGUAUCCACACAAGAACUCACACUGGAGAGACGCCGUACACCUGCCAACAGUGCGGAAAACGUUGUCGUACCAAAGGAAGCUUAAAAGUCCACAUGAAGAUCCAUGAUAGAGAGUGAUAUACCUUAUACCUGUCGAAAGUAAGUGUGAAUAUAUCAAUACCGCAGGAUGCAGGUAUCCCUAUUGCGUGUACACUUUUUCCACCGAUGGACCCCCUAGUUUUUCACGAUUCUGCAAUCGCUGAAUCCAACACAAAAUCAACAAUUCAAGAGUUCACACUUAGCUGAUAAUCAAUAAAGCGUAUUUGGCAUGCUGUCCCGGGAGAGAGCCCUGAGCUCGUAAUAUCUUCGAGCCCGGGGCUCCCUCCUGUUAGAAGGGCGAGAGGGGAGUUCGAGCUCAGUAGGUCUCGAGAACUCCCCUGCUUGUCGCCUUGUAGAAGUGUAAACUAGGGUUGUUUUCGGUGAUAAUUUGGUUUAGUCGAUUGGCUAUGGUUUAUGUUUUUGGACGGUGGGAGGGAACCGGGUGACCCGGGGGAAACCCACGCGAACAUGGGGAGAACAUGUAAACUCCGCACAGAAACACCAACCAGCCCGAUAAGAGGUUGGACCAGCGGUGUUCUUGCUGUGAGGCAACAGUGCUAGCCACUGGGCCACCGUGUCGCCCUAUCGGAAAAAGGGGGAGGAAGUAGGGGUGGAAGGGGGGGGAGCUUCAAAACGAAGAAAACUGGAGUGAAAAACUCUAGUUAUUUAUAAUGCUUCCGUAAUCAUCUAAUGGGUCAGAUUACGGAGCAAAUGAGGAGCCAGCCAUGUUGAUCAUAAGCAUGUGAUUCUCUUGAAAUUAGUUUAUAAAUAAAUCACACAAAGAAGCAAAUUUUUGAGAUCCUGCAAAAUUCUUAAUUAA